AUUAGUUUUUGCCGCCACAAACCCCAAAUGCUGAACUAAAAAAAAACACAAACGGGGGUUCUCCAGUCGAGAUCCAACUACCAAUCUCUCGGGUCGGCCCUUGAAUUGGCCUCGAUUUGUCACCUCCUCCUUUGAGAACCCCUUCAUUUCUGAAACCUCAACAUAUCCUCAACUAAGGAGGAUCAUGGAAGGACUAUCAACUAUUUGUGCUGGUAUAGGAAUCCUCGAAGAAGACGACCACGGCAAUCGAAUCGGCUACUCCAAGAGCCAGUAUUGCCUAGAUAAUUUGAAGGAUUUGUUGAGGUUUAUGAGGCGAGAUGAUCCACAGACGCGAGAGGUUUUUAAACAAGUUUGUAAAUGGAAUACCGUGGGGAAAGAUUUGAUACCUAUUAUCGAGUAUUGCCAAGAUGACCGUAAUUUAGUGUUAAAUGCAGUGAAGGUUCUUGUGUUUCUCACGAUGCCAAUUGACCCAACAUCCGAUGAUAUACCACAGCAAAUAGAGUAUCUUUGGGGCGUAAAAUCUUCUGUAACCUUUAGUCAGAUUGUUCCCGUGAUACUGUCUCUUUUGGAGAAGCCGUUGGAGAAUUUGGAAAGUGAAAUGUUCAUGGAAGAUGACUGGAAGUUGGUUCAGCUGGUGCUUACGCUAUUUAGGAACCUUCUAGCUAUUCAAGAAAUAUCAACCCAGCAAAAAGCGGGUGGAUCAGCCACACAAUUUCUAUCUCUCAGAGACAGGUUCUUAGAGUUGUUAUUUCAAGAAAACAUGAUGGAAAUAAUACUAGUACUAUCACAGCAUGUUGGUGGUUCUUGUGGCUACUUGCGUCAAGACAACUUGCUUUUACUGGAAACUUUUUAUUACAUAUUUAUGGGUCAAGAGCCAGAGUUGAUUGCUAAAGCCUAUUUAGAAAACUCAAAGGAGGAUGAAAAUGUUGAAUCCUCACUCAAGGGUCUUAGCUGCAUCAUGCAAGCUGAAGAAGAGAAAAGGAAGCUGAAUAAGCUGCGUAACUUGGGUUGUUAUUCACAGUUCAGCGGAAUAUUUACUCGCCUCACUAUGGAUGGUUCUAAAACGUUAUUUAAGGGAAAUCCCUGUUCUGCUUCUCAUGAUGCUUUACUGAAAGCUCACAAAAAUCAUCGCGGUCCAUCUAAAAGAACAGUAUGGGACCAUGGAAAACUUCCAUCAACAAAAACCAAAAUUUUGCAGUUGCUUCAUGAUUUUAUUGACCAAUUUCUAUCAGGGGGAUAUAAUGUUUUGAUGCGGUCAAUUCGUGAAGAUAUUGAUAAAGAAUGUCAUGCAAUUCAAAACAACGACGUUGUCACUUUCUUUCAGGUUGCUUGGUUUGUUACUUCGUUCCAAUAUCACAAGUUCCUGAAUUCAAAGCCUUGUGUUCAAGUUGACGGCAAAUCAUCCAUUGAUCAGAAUGCUGAUAAAACUCUAUUUGGGGGUACUGUGUGUGGACCAAUUGCUGAAUCAUUAAACGAGUCCAUGUUUCUAGUUCUCAUUUCUAAGUGGCGCUUUGCAUUUGAUGGCUUGAAGGAGACAAAUGACUACAAAAUGCUUUCUGCAGCUGGAUCUCUAUUAAAAAUUAUGAUCCGUAUACUGGAUUUGGUGCUCAAGCAGUCCCUGGAAGAUUCAACAGAACCUAAAACAGCACGCAUCCUUCUUUACAAGUUGUUCUAUGACCAAACUGAAGAAGGAAUGACUCAGUUUCUCCUCAACAUGAUCAAAUUGUUUGAUACACACAAACAAGCUAAAAGUGAUUUUGCCGAUUUGGUGGAAACUUUAUAUGUAAUUAUACGGCUCCUGGAAAACCUCCAAACACGCGGCGCAUUGAGGGUCUCAAAAAGAUCCAGAAAAAGGAAAGUGAAAAAGGAUCUAUUUAAUGAAUCAGUUGGAAAGGAUGUUACUGCUCAGAAUGAAGUUAUUGGCCCCAGUUAUGAACAAUCUGAAGCUGUUGGCAUUUUAGGAAAGGAAAAGGCAGUGGUUCAUGAUUCUGUAGGGACUACAAAUGAAGAUCUUAGUCAGGUUAGUCCGCAUACAGAAUUUGAAGCAGAGAUAGUAAAUUCUAAAAGCAAGCCAGAGGUGGAACAAAAUGUUUGUCACGAGACUUAUCAAGGAAUAGAUGAUUCUUCUGGUGAUGAGCAGCCAGUAACAGAUGAAGUUGAUUUUAACAUAUCCACUGUAGUCUCUGCUCUCAGUAACCAGACCAUCAUAAAAAAUUUGUGUUGGUUGCUGAAAUUCUAUAAAAGCAAUUCCCUUGGUACCAAUCACUACAUAAUAAGCUUAUUACGCAGAGUUUGUGAAGAUCUGGAACUCUCUCCAAUGCUAUACCAGUUAUCAUUGCUCACUACAUUCUACGAUAUUCUGGAAGAGCAGAAGUCAAAGCCAUGCAAAGAACAUGAGAAUAUUGUUCUUUUUUUGACAAAUUUAGUUAGGAGAAUGCUGAGAAAAAUGAAGACCCGCCCACUUCUUUUUGUUGAAGUUCUCUUUUGGAAAACACGAGGAGAAUGCCACCUUAUUAAUGCUGAAUGCAUGCUGAAAGUGGUUGGCAAUUUGAGAAAAGAAAUUAGAAAAGGUGGAUUGAAUGAAGAAACUGGCUUGCCUUACGGGCAAGGAUGGGUUCGGAGAAGUAUAGCUGAUGCACUUGGUGAUGAUGAGGCUGAUAUUGACCUUUCAUGAGGAGGUUGGCGAGAAAAGCAAAAGAAGGUCUGCUGAUGGGAAAGAAAGUAUUGUUUCAUUUUCAAACGAUGAGGCUAGCGAGAAAGAACAUGAUAGCAGGGAUGGUCAUUCUUUUGAGAAAGUGUCCAAAGGCUUGCAGAGAAGAAGAAAACCUCUCGUUCUUAAUGAUGAACUGGAAGG